CUCUCUCCCGACCUCCGACGCCAGCCAAGGCGAGCUUGUUGUUUUUGCAUAAAUUAAUAUUUCCCCAUUAACAAGUUCCCCCCUCCAAACGCGGCGCCCGCGUCCAUGCGCCACAUCCUAAUGAGGUAAUUAUCAUUUGCGCGUGUUCGGGGCUGGCGCCGGCUCCGUGGGUAAAUGGCAGUUUAUUAGCACCAUGCCCAGCUCGGCUGCAGAGGGCUAAGGGAUAGUUCAGCGACUAGACGGACACCCAGGGGCCCUUUGGGGCGGCGCGUGCGGGACCCUCUGCCCUCCCCGCGUCCCUCAAACCUAUAGGCCCCCAAAGUUGUGAAUCACGCACAGAACUCUGCCUGGGUUUGGGCUCCCCCCACCUUCUUUCCACCGGCAAAACCAUCACGAUUCCUCCCCCUCCCCCUCCCGUCUCUUCCCUCCUUCCCGAUUCGCGAACCGCUCGCACUUUCCCGAGGGGAGCGCGGGCGCCAGUUGCCUCCUUUUAAAGUUUGAGGGGCGGUGGCGGCGGCGGCCGGCAGGCGCGGGGGAACACAGGGGCCGCUACGGGAGCCGCGCCGCCGCCCAUGUCAUUCCACUUCAAGUGACUUCAUGUGAUGUCAGCUGAAUGUAAAAGACAGUGAUCUCACGCGGAGGGGAAGAUGUUUGCCAUCAAAAUGUGACAGAGGAGACACGCUGCAUGGCUCGGAACGCAUCUCCUUGGCGGUGGGGGAAAGAGACUUAGAGGAGAGAGGCUGCGCCCUGGCCCAGUCCCGCACGGCAAAGCUCGGCUCGGCGCGCCAUGGCCAGUUCGGCUUCCCUGGAGACCAUGGUGCCCCCGGCCUGCCCGCGCGCUGGAGCGUCGCCGGCCACUUCCAAGACGCUGGCCUUCUCCAUCGAGCGCAUCAUGGCCAAGACGUCGGAGCCCCGUGCGCCCUUUGAGCCCCGGCCGGGGACGCUGGAGGCAGACGGCGGCCAGGGCAAGAAAUUGCUCAACCUUUGCUCGCCGCUGCCCUGUAUGAUCCCCCUCCAGCCCCUAGGCUACGAGGUGCCGUCCAAGACGCUGCUCAGUUACUCCGAGCUCUGGAAAAGCAGCCUCCGGGCGGGCGGCGGUGGAGGAGGAGGAGGAGGAGGAGGAGGCGGCGGCAGCGGCGGCGGCGGCGGGGGGGCCCCGGUGUGCGGCGCCAGCGGCUUGUGCAAAACCAACUGUGGCGUGUGCUGCAAGGCCGAUCUGGGCCUGGCGCCGUCUGCGCUGCCGGCGGGCAGGGUCAUCAAGCCGCAGGUCAUCAACCAGGCGGUGGGGCUGCCGGCCAGCGGCUCGCUCUACUAUUUCAACUACCUGGACUCUGCCGCGUACCCGCCGUCUGAGCUCCUCGGAGGCCACCUCUUCCCGUCCGGCCUCCUCAACGCACAGGCCCCCGCCGCCCUGGCCGCGCACCCCAAACUCUUUUUGCUGGAGAACGCCAAGUUGGCCGGCCUGGCCGCGGACAAGUUCCCCCAUCCGGCCCCCUAUGCCCAUAAGGAGCGCUUGCCCGCGCCGCUGGAGCAAGUGCUGAAGGAGAACUCGGCCCUGACCGCCGAACGCGGCGGCGUCAAGGGCCACGGCAAGCUGCCCGGGGGCUCUGCGGACGGCAAGCCCAAAAACUUCACCUGCGAGGUGUUUAAUGCUCACUAUAACCUCACCCGCCACAUGCCGGUCCACACCGGAGCCAGACCGUUCGUGUGCAAAGUCUGCGGCAAAGGCUUCCGCCAGGCCAGCACGCUCUGCAGACACAAAAUUAUCCACACCCAGGAAAAGCCGCAUAAAUGCAACCAGUGCGGCAAAGCCUUCAACCGCAGUUCCACGCUCAACACGCACAUCCGCAUCCACGCGGGCUACAAGCCCUUCGUCUGCGAGUUUUGCGGCAAAGGCUUUCACCAAAAAGGGAACUACAAGAAUCACAAGCUGACCCACAGCGGCGAGAAGCAGUACAAAUGCACCAUCUGCAACAAGGCCUUCCACCAGGUCUACAACCUGACCUUCCACAUGCACACCCACAACGACAAGAAGCCUUUCACGUGCGCCACUUGCGGCAAAGGGUUUUGCAGAAACUUUGACUUAAAGAAACACGUGCGCAAACUCCACGAUAGCGUGGGGCCUACCGCCCCCUCCACAAAGGACCUGACUCGGACAGUGCAGAGCUGAGAGCUACUGCCUCGCCCUCCCUUCCGGCCCCAUCCAGCCCCCAAACAGAUCACACGUAUAAACUUAUUUCUAAAAUUAAAAGAAAAUAAAAACUAUAGCAGAGAGGCUAAAAUCUAUUUAUCGAAACCAGCAUAUUUUUUGGAAAGCUAAACGUUUCCUCGAUGACUGGCAGCAAACGCGUGGCUCCCACCUUUGUGUAUUCGGGAAACUUAUUUAAACCCAGUGCGCUGAAACGUAUUUCCCUCCAGGCCUCCGCUUCUCCUCCGGCCGUGGGUUUUCACCCCAGCCUGUCACGUGAACGCCCCGGAAGAGCGCGGCGCCCCCAGCCAUCUUUAUACAGCCAUGUAAAUCCUCCUGUACAAGCGAACUCGGAAUAUAUACAUAUCUAACUCAAUAAACAGAAUCACUAGUG